AUUUGUUUUGGGAUUUGGCAUUUAGUCCGCUCAUGCAAGCUUCACUUGAAUUUCUAUCAAUUUUGAUUCUUUGAAUGUCAGUUUUUGCCUUUUGGUUUUGGUAGUUUGGACCUUCGGUACUUCCAAGCUAGCAUCACCGAGAAACUUCACUGAAAAUUGUUUACUCUGGAUAUUAUACAUUGUUAGUGGCUAUUGCUGACAUGAAAACAAUGGGAAAGAUUCUCAAAUUAGCCUAUAAACAAAUGGCAAGCCCAUGGAUGUAUGCCUAUGUUAAAUUUUUGGUUCUUUUCCUUGCAAUAUUUUCUGGAUAUGGUGCAAAUUGUUUUGUAUUUCUGUUGCAUUUUAACGGUUACUGUAUACGGUAUAACAUUCUACAUCUUCAGGCUACAUAGUGCACUUGUCAUUGAGGUUGACAUGUAAGUAUGUAACUCUUAUUAGAAUAUUUUUAAUCUUUGAGUUAACUGCAAUGUUGUGCACCUGUAAAUUUUAGUAUCUGACAGAGUGACAGGUCAUAUUGUAUCUACUUAUAAAUGUCUGUAAGACUGUAACUUCUUGUUUGAGGCAUGAUGAAGCUACAUUGUGAUAAAUAAAUUGUCAAUGGUUAGUAAUUAAUCUUGCUUUACAUGAAUCAUUUCUAUUGGUUUUGGUAUUUCUAUUGCUAUAGUUUUGGUAUUCCAUUAUCUUUAUUAGUUUUGGUAUUCCUAUUGCUAUAGAUUAAAUGAUAUUUUUUUUGUUAUAGGUUAAAUUUGUGAUGUUUAUUUUUUUAUUUGGGCAGAUUAUUUUUACUAAUGUCUCAUUCUAAAGUGGGUGAAAAUGAGACUGUUGAAGAUUUAAGGAAUGAGGAUGAUAUAAAUGAAGAUACUUCUGAAAAUGUUUGUGACAAUUCUUCUAGAAAAAGAUCUUGGGUAUGGAAUCACUUUAUCGAGGAAAAAAAUUCUGAAGGGUCAAUAGCUAAGUGCAAAUAUUGUAAAAAAGUUUUAAGUGGGAGCACUAAAGGAGGAACGAGUCAUCUAAAACGCCAUCUUGAAAAUGUUUGCAAGAAGUAUCAAAAGAAUCCGACUAAUCAGUUGCUCUUACUACCAAGUUCAAAAGAUCCGAUAAAGUGUUUCAAAUUCAAUCAAGAAGAGAAUAGAAAAAUUCUUGCAAAAUUUAUCAUAUGUGCUGAGCUUCCAUUUCGUAUUGUUGAGCACACUGUUUUUCUGGAUUUUAUGAGAUCUCUUCAGCCAUUAUUCAAAAUUAUGGGACGUAAGACUGUAAAACAUGAUUGUAUGGCUUUGUAUCAAGAAGAGAGGAAAAAAUUGCAUGAUGUAUUCAAGAACCUAAGUUCUCGAGUUAGUUUCACUACUGAUAUUUGGACAUCAAAUCAGAAAAUCGGUUACAUUUCUUUCACAGCACAUUAUAUUGAUUCUGACUUUACUCUGCAUAAGAAGAUUAUUAGUUUCAAGAAACUUCCAUACCCUCACACCAGCUUUGCAAUUGAAGAUGCUGUAAAAAAAUGUCUUGUUGAAUGGGAAUUGGAUUAUAAAAUAUGUGCUAUUACUUUGGAUAAUUGCAGCACAAAUGAUGCUGUAAUGAGAAGGCUCCGAGAUCACUUUUGUGCUUCAAUGUUGUUUAGUGGGGAGUACAGUCAUAUUAGAUGUUGUGCACAUAUAUUAAAUAUUAUGGUUCAGGAUGGAAUGAAAAUCAUUCAUGAAGCUAUUGAAUGUAUAAGAGAAAUUGUUAGAUAUGUCUCUGCAUCCCCAUCUCGAAUGCAAGCAUUUAAUGAAAUUCUACAGCAUAUGAGACUUCCUGCUAGAAAAGGACUCACUUUGGAUGUUCCUACAAGAUGGAAUUCUACUUAUGAAAUGUUGCAUGAUGCACUUGGUUAUAAAGAUGCUCUUAUUAGAUAUGCAACUGAGCAUUCAUGUGUAUGCCCCACCAAUGAUGAAUGGAAAAAGGCUUCUAUAAUUCUUAAAUUUUUAGAAGCCUUUCUUGAUGCCACUAAAGUAUUUUCUGGUUGUAAGUAUCCCACAUCCAAUUUAUACCUAAAAGAAGUUUGGGGAAUUAGGGCUUUGUUGAUGGAUGAAAGUAUCGAUACUGAUGAAACAGUAAAGCAAUUAACAAAUGAGAUGCUAAAGAAGUUUAACAAAUAUUGGUCUCAGUGCAAUAAUUUGUUGGUAAUUGCUUCUAUUUUGGAUCCCAGAUCAAAGUUGAUAUUUGUAGAAUUUUGUUAUCAAAAGGCAUUUGAGUUGGAGGAGUGCAAGAAAAAGAUUGAUGAUAUUCGUGCUUGUCUUUUUCAAUUGUAUAAUGAGUAUGUAGAUGCAACAAGAAUGCAUCCCUCUAUGAGUUCAAGUGAGCGAACAUCUAAUUUUGGUGGACAAGGUGAUAUAAGUUCAGUUUCUUCCAAAAAAAAAUUUGGUAUGGACUUUGCUCAAUUUAGAAAUCAGAGUUCUUCAAAACGCUCUAAGAGAUCCGAGUUGGAUAGUUAUUUGGAUGAUGAUGUACUUCCUGAUUUGGAGAAUAAAGAGUUUGACAUCUUGGCUUGGUGGAAGAGCAAUGCAGCAGUCUAUCCUAUACUAUCAAGAAUGGCUCGAGAUGUUCUAGCUAUUCCAGUCUCCACUGUUUCAUCUGAGUCGGCAUUCAGCACUGGUGGUAGAGUUGUGGAUCAGUAUCGAAGCUCUUUGAGCCCUUCUACCGUAGAAGCCUUAGUGUGUACCCAAGAUUGGCUUCGUGAACAAUAUGAUGAAGUUGCAAAUUGCUCGAGUUCUGUAACGUUGAAUGUAGAUGACGACACCCUGGACUCCUGGAGUGGGCAAUUUCGGAGAACUGAAUGACGAUACCCUCAUCAGAUCUAGUUAUUAACUUAUUGUGCAGGGAACAACGACUUCAGGCCGAUGAUUUUUUUUAUCUUCCUGUUUUUGAUGGAAUCCUUUUGUUUGGUUUCAGUUGUAUCGUUGCAGUUGGUUGCAUGGAAUGAAUUUUUUUGCAAGUUAUCUUCAAACCAUCAGAUGCUAUUUUGUUAAUGAUCUGUCUGAUUGCC